AUGGCCAAUCUGGAUCCUCCAGCGGACCGAUACUACUGCUUCUGUUCCCCUUGCUACAACAAACCAAAGGAUAGGCGUUGGAUAGGCAAAACAGCCUGGUACGGCCAUGCUACAGGACGAUUGGCACAAGCCCGUGCAAACCCUGCGAGUGUACCACCAGUAGGAUCGCGCGAAGCUAUUGUACCCCAUAUCCCUAGGCUGACUCGUAAACGACGUCUCGAGGCCGAUGCUGCAGCACGUACACAACCGGCACCUAAACGUUUCAGAGGACCACAGCCUGUACUCGCGGGCGUUGACAGGGUCCAGCUCGCGGUGGCCGCACACAGACCGAAGGACGGCGCAAUGGAUCUCAACCAAGGGGUCGCGCAUCAUCCAAUGUAUCCCACACUUCGCCAUCCAGUCCAGAACCAGAAGACGUAUAACUUGGGUGGCUCUCCGGGGCCGUCCGAUGACUUCCGCACUCCGGUGCCCGAUGCUCAACCUGUGCCACCUCCACCUCCACCACUCCCACAUCGCGUCGACCUAGACGUGCCGACCACAUCAGAGAUUGCCAAGAUACAAUAUACGCUCGACCUCAUUCGCUGUGCCCGGUCUGCGACUCUGGCCGACAGUGGCUUGCCUGCCGACGUUCUUGCGCGUUUGCGGAAUGCGCCCGUUGAUAUUCCUGAAUUCACAGACAUGGAACUCCACGCGAUAGACCUCUGGCUCUCGAAUCCCGGCCGCAAGCAAUACGAGAAGAACCGUCUCACCGCAAUACGCGCCCAUUCAGGGGAUGCCGAGUUGUUUACCUACCACGCAGUGAAGAAGAAAGUAGCCGAGUUGACAGGCAUCGUGCCUCUCGUUCUUGACAUGUGCCCGAAGAGCUGCAUGGCGUUUGUAGGGCCAUGGAAAGAUGAGAAGCAGUGCCUCUUCUGCGAUCACGAGCGGUGGUAUCAGAAGGGGGGGAAGGACGUCGCCUAUAAGCAGUGGAGCACGUUUCUGCCGGGCCCCCAGGUGCAGGCCCGCUGGCGCUCGCCGGAGGGUGCUCAUGAUAUGCUUCAUCGCGAGCGUGUUAUGCGCGAGUUCUUGGAUGAACUACUGGGCCCAGAGGACUCGCGCCGUAUCUCGGAUCUCUACCACGGCACGAACUUCUACAGGCACUACCAGAAUGGCGAGAUCGCUCCCGAUGACUUCGUGCUGAUAUACUCUAUGGACGGAGCGCAGCUGUACGAGCACAAGGCCUCUCAUUGCUGGAUCUACAUCUGGAUCCUUGUUGAUGUCGCUCCCGAUCGGCGCUACAAGUGCCCGUACAUCCUCCCUGGCGCCAUCGUACCUGGUCCCAACAAGCCUGAGUUCCCUGACUCUUUCAAUUAUCCGGGCUUUGCACAUCUUGCCGCGCUUGCAAGGGAGGGACUGAGCAUCUACGACGGGUUGAACAAGCGGCUGUUCCGAUCGCACCCCUAUCUCUUACUUGCAGAGACAGAUGCCGUUGGUGCGCCGGAGGUGACCGGAUUCUGCCCACAUGGUAGCAAGAAGGCGUGCCGCCGUCGAUGUGGUCGAGCUGGGCGGCAUAAACCUAAUCUUGGUCACUACUACGCUGCCGAUCUCCGGCCGGAUCACUAUAACGAAGUGGGCUGCUCGCAUCCAGAUCUUGAACCGAGCGAACUCUCGCCCGCCCAGACGGAGGAACAGUACCUUGAUGAUAUCCGCAAGUUAUCCGCAGCUUCCGAUACAGCCGAGUACAAUGCUUUGCGCUUGGAGCUAGGCCUUGUCAAACCUUCCCUUAUUCUCGGGAUCCCUCGCGCACAUCGUUCUGACAUCCCGGACAUCUUUCCUGGUGAUAUCAUGCACGCUCUCGGGCUCAAUAUCACCGAACAUAGCAUCAAGAUGUACCGCGCUCUUCUUCCCUGCGACGAGAAGCUGGGAGAUAAGAAGUCUACAUGGACAUGGGCGGACCUGGCAAAGGAUGAGGAAGGUGGCGAAGAGGCUUGGUUUGAACAGAGCGACUUUGUGGCGGGUGCACGCGAGCACAUUCCUGGUGGCUUCGGACGCGUCCCGCGCCCUCCUCGACACAAGAUCAACAGUGGGUACAAGUGUGAGGAGUGGAUGACCUGGUUCUACGGUCUUCUUCCGGGAUUCUCGUACGGGGUAUUCAAAGAUGGUCGAUGGGAACACUUCUGCAAACUUGUUGCGGGUGCACAGGUUGCGUUUCAAGUUGGCGCUACGAUAGCACAGCUGAAGAAGAGUCAUAGCAAUACUGCUGACUGGAAGUGGGGAUUGGAGGUCGACUUUGCUAAGCUCAAGAUCUCACGACUUCAUUUCAUGCCCCAGUGCACGCACGCCGUUCUACAUGAUGCCGACGACUACAUUCGGAACGGGCCGCUCAUCGCUUCCUCGCAAUUCCCAAUUGAGCGCUAUAUUGGCAUGCUCGGCGACGAGAUACAGCAACCUUCUAAUCCAUUUGGGAAUAUCGCUAAACGUGCCCUGCGCUUUGCUCAAGUGAACGCCCUGCUUGCCAUGUAUCCCGCUCUCGAUCGACGUCCGCCACCAGUCUCCUCUCGACCUGGUAUGACUGCCAGCACUGGGAAUGGUUUCAUUCUGCUCCAUCCCCGAGAUAACCGCCCCUCUCAACACAUAGAGGAUCUUGAACAGACAACAAUACUGGAGUGGCUGGAGUCAGUAGCCGGUGACGAUUGGGAGCGUUGCUGGGAGGACAGUUUUCGCGCCAUUCAGAAGUGGUCACGAUGCUACUUGCCAAAUGGUCAGAUUGCGCGUUCACGAAUGCGAGAGGUGGGGAGACAGGGACUGACACGGCGGUCACGUAAUGUCAAAUACGUGACAGAUACUGGUCUUGCCUUUGGUGAAGUAUACUACUACUUCUCCCUACCAGUAUCUACCGACCGACAUGCAAAGCGCCGUACCGUUGCACUCGUAUCCCGCUACGGCGAUCCGGAUCCUACCUUGCUCGAAAAGUCAUCGGGUGUUCUGUGGGCAGCUCGACAUCUCGGGGAGGCUGCUUUGACAGUCAUAGAUGUCAAAUACAUCUGCUCGGUGGUGGGAAUGAUCCCUCACGAUUUUCAGACACCACAUACACAAGGGGUCGAGACUUUGUGGUUUGUACUGGAGAAGUUGGGUACGGAGGUGGGAUGGGUAAGGGAUCUGGAUGAAGACAAGGACGCAGAAGACAAUGACGAUGAUGAGGAGGAGGAUGAUGACGAUGAGGAUUAG